GUAAACCAUCAUAUCAUCUAUCAGAAUUCAUAAUCGUGCUUGAAGAAAAAGCAAAUAAAAGUAAUAAAUAUUGUGUUUGUAAAGAAUGUAUAUCAGGUUCUUCAUAUGCAGAGACAGAAAAAAAUAAAUUUGCGAAUAUACAAGAACUUGUUCAUCUAGCUAAUAACUCUGAACAAGAAAAUUUUAAUGAUAAUUCUGAGGCUUCUUCAUCAAAAAACUUAUCUGAGGCUUCUUCAUCAAAAAACUCAACAGCUAGUAUUAGAAAAAAUACACUUGAUCAUUAUUGUUUCUGGCCCCUAAAUGAAGAACAACAAAAACAUUUUGAACAACUUAUACUUAAAGCAACUGUAGAAAAUCCAGAAAUAAAGAUGCUUUUUGAAUUUGUUCAUCCUUUAAUUAAAUUGCCAUUACGAAAAAAUCUUAGUGGUCAAAUUUUAUCUGAAUCUACACAAAAAAUAACCAAAUCAAUUAAAGAAAUAGCACAAAAUGAUAAAGAUAGGAUUACAUUAGUGUAUGAUGACUGGAAAAAUAUUAAAAAAGAAUCGAUUUUUGGAAGUAUUUUAGUUACCUCUAUGGGCAGGGUUCUUGUUUGGAAUGCAGAGGAUAUAGCAAAUGAACAUACAAAAUGGUUUGAUGUGCAGCAUCGAACUGAAAAUAUGCUUAGUGAUCUAAAAAAAGAAAAAAUUAAAGUUAAUGCUGUUGUAAUGGAUUGUGCACCUGAAUAUGAAGCAGCUAGUCACUACUUAUGUUUUGCAAAUAUUAUUAAAUCUCGUGCUGCUUUUAAAAAUUUAGCCACAAAAAUUGAAGAAGGAAAUGAUGAUAGUCUUAAAGAUUUUUCCAAAAGUAUUCUUUCAAAUAUUUCAAAUAGUGAAUGGUGGAAAAAUCUUAUGCAGUUAAAGGUUCUUCUUGAACCAUAUAUGGCAUUCUUAAAUAAACUUCAACAUGAUAAAGGUCAUCUUACUGAACAUAAAAAAGUUCUCACUAUGUGCCAACUAAGAUCGGAACUUUUACAUUCACGAAAUAUUCUUGCUAUUGACAAGUUACUAAAAACAUACAAACAAAAGAUUAGUAUUUCAUCUGAAAAUAAUGAACAAAUAAGCCUUGACGAUAAUGAAGAGAAAUUAUACACAUCAGAGGAUGAUAAUGAUAUUAAUAUGAGGCAAAGUCAAAUAAAUGUUGAACAGCCAGAAAUAAAAGUAAUUGUAGAAUGGUGGGUUAACCUGGCCAAAGAGAAUGAUGGUGAUUAUAUGUUUAGCUUAAAUGAGUUAGAAGGUUUGACUAAUUUGUAUGAUAAUGAUCCAAUAUUUCAAGAUGAUAUUUAUCCUGAUAUUCAUCCUGCAAAUAAUUUGGUGGCCAAAUAG